CUGAGCCGCGCUUGCCUAGACGGCCAACACUUCAACUUAUACUUGGACAAGUUCGACUCGAAUCUACACACGUUACCUGUGAGAGGACAGUCAUACCAAGCAAUAAUAGAUGUCGCACCAACGGGAACUCAUCUUUGUCUUGGAAUGAGCGUCUUUCGUUGCUUUUUUUCAUUCGUUCGUUUUUUCUUAUUCGGAGUUCAACGUAAAGACCGGCACUGGGGUGAUAUUUUUAGUCCCUUAAACUCCCUCAAACACUGUAGGCUACUGCAGUGUUGGCAAGGAUGGCUUUUCAAUCGGCCCUCUUACCAAUAUUGGUCUUGGGACUGAUGACUAGUUUGGUGCGUUGUGCCCCCUUCCCUGGCAGGCUGAAUGGCACAGUGGAACGACACUGGGAGACACUCUACUCGCGGUCCUUGGCUCGGAUCCCCGGGGAGAAAAGAGAGAUAAACCGGGACAGCGACUAUCUUAUGGGCAUUAAACGGCUACGACGCCUUUAUUGCAAUGUAGGAAUUGGGUUUCAUAUUCAAGUUUCACCCGAUGGGAGAAUAACAGGAGUGCACAGUGAAAACCGUUACAGUCUCCUUGAGAUAUCUCCAGUAGAGAGAGGAGUUGUGACAAUCUUUGGCGUCCAAAGCGGUCUAUUCGUGGCCAUGAACAGCAAAGGGAAGCUGUAUGGAUCUGUUCAUUACAACAACGAGUGCAAAUUCAAAGAAACUCUCCUGGCAAAUAAUUACAACGCUUACGAAUCGGUGGCAUACCCGACGAUGUACAUUGGACUAAGCAAGACCGGUAAAACAAAAAGGGGAAACCGAGUGUCACCAGCCAUGACGGUGACGCAUUUCUUGCCAAGAAUCUGAGUCACUCAGAAAUAGACUUAUCCUCAAUAAAGGUGGGGUGAGGGGGACUCAAAACGAUGCACUUUCAACUGGAGUUUUAUGCAAGACUAAGUGUAUCAUCCUGUUUAAAAUGUUAUGUAUAAGUUUGUAUAUCAGUUUAUUUAUUAUGGAAAACAAUUUUGUAUUUGGGCGGGAAACAGGUCCUCACGUCAGGGGGAAUUUCAGAAAUCAACACAUUUAUUUAUGUUUUUUUAAUUUAUCAGAAGUCUGCUGCUAUUAAGUGUUUGGGUAAGUGAGAUUCCUUUGUUGAAUUAUGGUUUUCUUUGCACUGUUUAUAGACUAAAUAUUCUACAGCGACAGAGCAAAGGAUACUUUUGUAUGACUUAUUUCUCUUCUAGGGAAUUAACUUCUAAGUCUUAGACCGAUGUUCAAACAAGGGAAAUAUCAAAUGAUUGGUUUUUAGAAGCAGAAGCAAUUGUCCAAUGGCAGGACUCUUUGUAGGCAUUGGAGUCUAAUUGAAACCGUAUCAGCUUACUACUGGUUACAGAAUGAGCCGCGUUGAAGUCCUAUCCUCUCAAAUCUGUUUUUAGCUCUGCCAGGGGGUUGAACUUUGAACUUUUCUGCAGUCAAUCUUUGUCAGAUCUAUAAGACUCUGGAUAGAGAGAGGCAUCUUCUUGACAUUGUAUAAGCAGAGAAUUUGAGAGUUUAAAGGCAAGGUCAGUGUGCUGACACAACCGGCAGAAACCAUAGCCAUGGCUCUAUAACAUACAGCUUUUAUGAGGGGAAGUAAAAAAAUCAAAGUCCUCAGCUGUAUAGAGUAUAUAUGGAUCCCAAAAUGAUUAAUUGAAAUCAUCACAAGUUCAGCAUCAGAGCUCCUCCCUGAGUGCAAAAAAAGAAGGCAAGAUAAUGUAAUGAUUGUCACAGGUUGUUUUCCCCAAGUGUGUACACUGAAAAGGUAUACUGUUUUGGGGGGGAGGGGCAUGCAUUGCCUCCCAUUGCCCCACUGUCCUUGUUAUCUAUCCUCUACCUCACAUAAUCAACAAAUCCCCUCAAAACUUUUCGAGAGUUUGUUCUAAAGUAAUUCUGUUGAACCAGUUUGAGAUUAGCCCUAAUCUUCUCGGAGCACCAUGCCAUAGGCAGAAGUUCAGGCAGCCAUUUUGUCCCAGUUGCGCCUUGUCACGUUUGAGCUAUCUUUACCCUGUGAUUUACUUUUAGAAAGGAUGAUCAUGGUGGGAAUAUUUACAGACAGCUGUUAGACUGCACUAUAUGCUUAACCGGUAACCCUAUAUUUUUCUCUAUAUAUUUUGUAAGUAUAACCCCUGGUAACUGGCGGAGCAUAGCGAUGCUGCUUCAAAAAGUCUGUUAUUCCUCCUUUGGGAUCAUUCAUUCACAGACGAAGGGGACUGACCAGGAGAUGGCCCAUGCCAGAGGGUGUCUCUCUCUCUGUCUGUAGUCCCAGUCGGUAUUCACGUAAUAAUAAGGAAUUCCCUCCACCACAAAUUGGAGAAAACCAACAUUCUUUCCUAUUGACCUCCAUUGUAAAAGAGGCAACUUUCUUCAUCGUUUUUUUACAAUGUCGAACAGCUGCUGCGUUCAACCUAACCAGGUCUAAAAUCCUGACCUACGGUUCGCAAUGCUCCCACGUAGGGAAAUAGAGCCUGCGAGAAGAGCCCUGUGCUGGGGCUUCAGGCUAGUCGGCGUGGGAGAGAGCGGGAAAUCUGGGGACCCGGUGUCCAAGUAGGCUACACAUAGCUAUGUGUGUGGAAAACAUUACAUCACAGCCAAGACAUUUAACUUGUUUAGUAUAGUCCAUUUGUAACUCCACUCAUUACUUGUAGCUGUAUAAUCCAUUUGUUUGAGUUGUUAGUUUUGGCUAAUGUUAGCUAGCUACCACUCACGUGGCUGCUAGCACUGUCAUGAAAAGGGGCAUAAGGGAAGACCUACAAUGUUACGUUUUUUUCCGUUCUAUAAGUAGUGAGAACACUAGGAAGCUGGCCAUGUUGAAAAGUUAUCUUUAGGCAUGUUGUACUUUUCGUAAAUGGUUGUUUUGUAAUGGACUAAAACAAGCAGACGACAAGAAAGUUGCAUUUGAAAAAGGUAACGUUUUUACUCUGAGCCAACAGGGCAACCUAUGUAACCACCGGAUGUUUUCCCCACAAGCGGGCAGGGCUGCAGCGUUCUAUCUAAUACCGACUGGGACUAUUAGAAUAGUUCUAGAUUGUACGAUGGUGUUCAUUCUCUUCUGAGAGGGUUCCAUCUCAGGUUCAACAUUCCACAUACCAUGGCAGUUUACAAGGUACAGUACUGAUUUCAGACAACUCAAACUGGAAGCGAAGGCCCAUUGUUUUAUAUUCAAUAUAACAAAAGUAACAAUUAGCGUCCAAAUCCUGAGAAAUCUAACGAGGCGUAACUUUUGACACGGCAAAUAGCUUUUCUAAAUGCAUCUCACUGGGUAGUAGUAAAAAAUAGAAUGACUGAGGCUCCAGCAAAUAUCUCAGGGUGUUGUUGGUGAACUCUCGGUGUCCAUUUCUAAACACCUGCUGUAGAAGUCUAGGUCUCCCGUAAAACAAUCCUAACCUAGAUCCCGUCUCGCCCUUCAAAAAAAAAGACACGAGCACACGGCAGCCAAAAUGAGUCAAGACUAUGAUGCUCUUGUAUUACCAUCCAGCUCCUGAGACCGACUGGUCAGAGAGCUAUCCAAUGCUGUACCAAACGUAAUAUUGUCACAUAUGACCUGGACGCUCAAAACACCUGUUGGUAAUAUUAUUUAGUCACCCGAGACAUCAGGCUGCACUGCCAAUCCCAUAACUAUUUUCCUUUGCCACAGCUGUGCCAAACGUUCCCCAACAGACUGUUUUGCAUGGCUCACCAUAAUGUUUACAAAAAAGACUGAGAAGCCACUGGCAAAUAUUCUGUGACCUCUCCCAUCGACCCUGUUCCAACCCCAGGAGAGUCACCUCAUUUGCUUACACAGCAAGUGCACAAGCAACACAACACACGUGUACAAGCAACACAAACACAAUGAUUGGAGAAGUGCACCGUGUAGACAAGAGAGUUUGAACAAUUGUUCAGACUUUUAAAUCUAUCCCUGAAUCCAUCUGAUGAGACGGCACAGAGACAAGAACUUCAAGUGCAGAAUAACGAGCAUGUUUUCAGUGUUAAAUGGUCAUCAUCUAUUGUCUCCUCUGGGCGCUCAUUUCUUCCACUGCGGUGCGGUUUCUGCACCCAUUGGAGGGCUCUUGGGUCUCAAGUAACAAGUGCUUUGAGUCCUGUGGUCUUGUUACUCAUCAUCUCUAUUAUCUGUAGUUUUAUACAGGUCUUGUUAAAUUAUUUUGACGUAUGUGCUGUGCACAUGACUAAUGCCUAACUUAAAUUUGAAGUUAA